AGCCUCGUCCUCCUCCCUCCCCCGCCACCCAGCUCACCUGUCGGCCUAGGAAAGCGGAGAAGACGUCGCCGCCGCCACAGCCGCGGUGCCCGGGGGGCUGUGCGGAGCAGCGGCCCCGGGCUCAUCCGGAGAAGCCGCCUCCGCUUGCCCAUGAGCACCACGGCUCCAGCGCUCCGCACUGGCAGGGGCCCGCCGGCUGCAGAAGCGGCGCCGGCGGCGGGAGCAGCAUGUGGACUCCAACCGAGGAGGAAAAAUACGGCGUGGUUAUAUGCAGCUUCCGAGGAAAUGUGGUACAAGGCUUGGUUCUAGAACUAGGAGAAACUGUCCAAAUUCUGGAAAAAUGUGAGGGAUGGUACAGAGGAAUUUCAUUGAAGAAGCCCAAUAUAAAGGGGAUCUUUCCUGCUAACUAUAUUCACCUGAAAAAGGCUGUUGUCAGUAACAGAGGGCAGUAUGAAACAGUUGUUCCACUUGAAGAUUCUGUUAUCACUGAAGUUACAGCAACCCUCCAGGAAUGGGCUGUCCUCUGGAAGCAGCUAUAUGUGAAACAUAAAGUAGAUCUUUUCUACAAACUGCGUCAUGUGAUGAAUGAACUAAUUGAUCUUCGCAGACAGCUACUCUCAGGCCAUUUGACCCAAGACCAAGUGCGAGAGGUUAAGAGGCACCUCACUGUACGACUGGACUGGGGUAAUGAGCAUCUAAGUUUGGAUCUUGUUCCACGGAAAGACUUUGAGGUGGUGGAUUCAGAUCAAAUCAGUGUCUCUGAUCUAUACAAAAUGCAUUUAUCCAGUAGACAUAGUGUACAGCAGAGCACAUCACAGGUAGAUACAAUGCGCCCGCGUCAUGGAGAAGCAUGCCGUUUACCAAUCCCUCAUCACUUCUUUCUGAGUCUAAAGAGUUUCACUUAUAAUACAAUUGGAGAGGAUGCAGAUGUCUUCUUCUUUUUAUAUGAUGUUCGAGAAGGGAAGCAGAUCAGUGAAAGGUUUCUGGUAAGGUUAAACAAGAAUGGGGGCCCCAAAAAUCCAGACAAGAUUGACCGAAUGUGUGCAGUUUUCACAGAUCUCAGCAGCAAGGACAUGAAGAAAGAUCUAUACAUUGUUGCUCAUGUAAUCCGGAUAGGACGCAUGUUAUUAAAUGAUUCAAGGAAGGGUCCUUCUCAUCUGCAUUAUCGGCGUCCAUAUGGUUGUGCAGUAUUAAGUAUCAUGGAUGUAAUUCCAUCAAUAUCUGAAUUAAAAGAAGAAAAAGAUUUUGUUCUCAAAGUUUACACGUGCAACAAUGAGAAUGAAUGGUAUCAGAUCCAUGAAAACAUCAUUCGCAAGUCCAGCACCAAAUAUACAGCACCCAGCUCAAACUAUGGACUUAUAAUUUCUCUUCAGCUGCUUCGUGGAGAAAUGGAACAGAUUCGCAGAGAAUACCCUAUGAUCUUUAACAGGGGGGUGACUGUUACCAGAAAAAUAGGUUUCCCAGAUGUCAUCAUGCCUGGUGAUAUACGCAAUGACUUGUACCUGACAUUAGAGAAGGGGGACUUUGAGAGAGGUGGGAAAAGUGUCCAGAAGAACAUUGAAGUCACUAUGUAUGUUCUUUAUGCAGAUGGAGAGAUUCUAAAGGAUUGUAUCAGCUUGGGCUCAGGAGAGCCAUGCAGAAGUGUAUAUCAUUCCUUUGUCCUUUAUCAUAGUAAUAGCCCUCGCUGGGGAGAAAUCAUCAAGCUGCCUAUUCCCAUAGACAGGUUCCGUGGUUCUCACCUUCGUUUUGAGUUCAGGCAUUGUUCUACAAAAGAUAAAGGAGAAAAGAAGCUUUUUGGUUUUGCUUUUACACCAUUAAUGCGGGAUGAUGGGACUACUCUUUCAGAUGAUAUUCAUGAGCUUUAUGUUUAUAAGUGUGAUGAAAACAGCACAUUCAAUAACCAUGCAUUGUACCUGGGUUUGCCGUGCUGCAAAGAAGACUAUAAUGGUUGUCCCAACAUCCCUUCAAGCCUGAUUUUUCAGCGCAGUACCAAAGAGACUUUUUCAGUGUCUACCCAGCUCUCUUCAACAAAACUCACACAGAAUGUGGACCUGCUUGCUCUCUUAAAAUGGAAGGCUUAUCCAGAUCGAAUAAUGGAUAUCUUGGGAAGACUGAGGCAUGUCAGUGGUGAAGAAAUUGUUAAGUUCCUUCAGGAUAUCUUGGAUACCUUAUUUGUGAUUUUGGAUGACAAUACAGAAAAAUAUGGACUGCUGGUCUUUCAGUCUCUGGUGUUUAUCAUAAAUCUCCUGCGUGACAGCAAAUAUUUUCAUUUUCGACCUGUGAUGGACACCUACAUUCAAAAGCAUUUUGCAGGAGCACUGGCAUACAAAGAACUGAUCCGGUGUUUAAAGUGGUAUAUGGAUCGAUCAGCUGAACUUGUGCGACAGGACCAUAUUCAGGAGGCAAUGAGGGCCUUGGAAUAUCUCUUUAAGUUUAUUGUGCAGUCUCGGAUCCUUUACUCUAGAGCAACUUGCGGAAUGGAAGAGGAACAAUUCAGAACCAGCAUCCAAGAACUUUUCCAGUCCAUCAGAUUUGUGCUCAGCCUGGACAGCAGGAGCUCAGAAACUCUCAUCUUUACACAGGCCCCUCAGCCUGGAGGACAGGUGAGCGGAGCUGGGACAUGUGCCCCACAAAAAUGUGGUGGUACUUCAAGGCCAUCGUUUAAUUCUGCUGCUCUGUUGAACUCUUUCCCUGCCAUUUUUGAUGAGCUACUGCAGAUGUUUACAGUGCAAGAGGUAGCAGAAUUUGUACGGGGAACUCUUGGGAGCAUGCCCAGUACAGUGCAUAUUGGACAAUCUAUGGAUGUAGUUAAACUGCAGUCUAUAGCUCGUACUGUAGACAGUCGCCUGUUUUCUUUCCCAGAAUCCCGACGUAUCUUGCUACCUGUGGUUCUUCAUCAUAUUCAUCUUCACCUGAGACAGCAAAAAGAGUUGCUGAUUUGCUCUGGGAUUCUUAGCAGUAUCUUCUCAAUCAUCAAAACAAGCUCUUUGGAGACAGAUGUAGUUGAGGAAGUAGAGAUGAUGGUGGAGAGCCUUCUGGAUGUACUUUUACAGACUUUACUUACUAUCAUGAGUAAAUCGCAGUCUCAGGAGGCGGUAAGAGGGCAGCGUUGCCCACAAUGCACAGCUGAAAUCACUGGAGAAUAUGUGUCAUGUCUUUUAUCUCUACUUCGUCAAAUGUCUGACACUCAUUUCCAACAUUUACUGGACAAUUUCCAGAGCAAGGAUGAGCUAAAGGAAUUUCUGUUAAAAAUUUUCUGUGUGUUUCGGAACUUGAUGAAAAUGAGUGUCUUCCCUCGAGACUGGAUGGUGAUGAGGUUGCUCACCAGCAAUAUAAUAGUUACAACUGUCCAGUAUCUGUCCCCUGCACUACAUAAGAACUUCACAGAAACAGAUUUUGAUUUUAAGGUCUGGAACUCCUAUUUCAGCUUAUCAGUUUUGUUUAUAAACCAGCCCAGUCUCCAGAUGGAAACAGUUACUCCAGCCAAGCGUAAAAAAAUUCUAGAUAAAUAUGGGGAUAUGCGUGUAAUGAUGGCAUACGAACUGUUCAGCAUGUGGCAGAAUCUUGGUGAACAUAAAAUUAAUUUUAUUCCCGGAAUGAUUGGUCCCUUUCUUGGUGUGACACUGGUCCCACAGCCAGAGGUUCGAAACAUCAUGAUCCCCAUUUUUCAUGACAUGAUGGACUGGGAGCAGAGAAAAAAUGGCAACUUCAAACAGGUGGAGGCAGAGUUGAUUGACAAACUGGACAGCUUGGUGUCAGAAGGAAAAGGAGAUGAGAACUAUCGGGAGCUCUUCAGUCUGCUAACUCAGCUCUUUGGGCCCUAUCCCAGCCUGCUGGAAAAGAUUGAGCAGGAGACUUGGCGGGAGACUGGCAUCUCUUUUGUUACAUCAGUUACUCGUCUGAUGGAGCGUCUCCUUGACUACAGGGACUGUAUGAAAGGAGAUGAAACAGAGAACAAGAAAAUAGGCUGCACUGUUAACCUUAUGAAUUUUUAUAAAUCUGAAAUUAACAAAGAGGAGAUGUAUAUCCGUUAUAUCCACAAGUUGUGUGACAUGCAUUUGCAAGCUGAAAACUACACAGAGGCUGCUUUUACAUUGUUGUUGUACUGUGAGCUGCUUCAAUGGGAAGAUAGACCUCUUCGGGAGUUCCUGCACUAUCCAUCCCAGACAGAGUGGCAGCGAAAGGAAAGUCUUUGUCGGAAGAUUAUUCACUAUUUUAAUAAAGGGAAGAGCUGGGAAUUUGGAAUCCCACUAUGCAGAGAAUUGGCUUUUCAGUAUGAAAGCUUAUAUGAUUAUCAGAGCCUCAGCUGGAUUCGGAAAAUGGAAGCUACCUAUUAUGAUAACAUAAUGGAACAGCAGCGGUUGGAACCUGAAUUUUUCAGAGUUGGUUUUUAUGGAAGAAAAUUUCCCUUCUUUCUUCGGAACAAAGAGUAUGUUUGUCGAGGCCAUGAUUAUGAGAGAUUGGAGGCCUUCCAACAGAGGAUGCUUAGUGAGUUUCCACAGGCCAUUGCAAUGCAGCACCCUAAUCACCCAGAUGAUAGCAUUCUGCAAUGUGAUGCCCAGUAUUUGCAGAUCUAUGCAGUGACUCCCAUUCCAGAUAAUAUUGAUGUGCUACAAAUGGACCAUGUUCCUGAUCGUAUAAAGAGCUUUUAUCGUGUUAACAACAUCAGAAAGUUCCGCUAUGACAGGCCAUUCCAUAAAGGCCCAAAAGACAAGGAAAAUGAAUUUAAGAGCUUGUGGGUUGAACGUACCACUCUCACCCUGACUCACAGUUUACCUGGGAUCUCCCGAUGGUUUGAAGUAGAGAGAAGAGAACUGGUUGAGGUAAGCCCCUUGGAAAAUGCCAUUCAAGUAGUGGAGAACAAAAACCAGGAAUUAAGGACACUGAUAAGCCAGUACCAACACAAACAAAUGCACGGUAACAUCAACCUACUCAGCAUGUGCCUGAAUGGAGUUAUUGAUGCAGCUGUGAAUGGUGGCAUAGCACGAUAUCAGGAGGCUUUUUUUGAUAGAGAGUAUAUCACCACUCACCCCGGAGAUGCAGAAAAAAUCACACAACUAAAAGAGCUGAUGCAUGAACAGGUUCAUAUCCUAGGAGUAGGUCUGGCAGUGCAUGAAAAAUUUGUACAUCCGGAGAUGCGCCCACUACAUAAAAAAUUAAUUGACCAGUUCCAGAUGAUGCGAUCCAGUUUGUAUCAUGAAUUGCCUGCUUUGGAUAAAUUGAGUCCAGUCUGCUCAGGUACCAGCACACCACGCAGCAAUAUGCUUGCAUCGCAUAGUCCUAUGAGUCCAGAGAGCAUCAAACUGGUGCAUCGUCAUAGCCCAUUGAACAUGCUGGGUACAGUCCGACACUCGUCCUCUUCUCUUUCUUCCCAUACAUCAAGUGAAGCAGGAAAUUUGGUUAUCCUAACAGACAGUUCAAUUGGAGAAAAUGCAGAGGACAUGUACCACAUGCAGGCCAGUCCGUCCACCUCAAGCCUGAGCUCUACCCAUUCUGCUCCAUCACAGAUGAUUAACUCUGCUCCUUCUAGUGCACGAGUGCUGAUGAAAGGUGCUGGAUUGACAACACUGGAGGCUGAAGCCCUCUAUUUAUCCACAGAACAGAUUCAGCAUGGGCGGCAGCAGUGCAAGCUUCCCCACACUGCCCCCACCAAUGUGCCUCAUCUCUGUCCUGGAGGGACCACCUCUAGAGGCUCUCCCUCUCUACCAGAUAAAUAUCGCCACAAUCGGGAGCUGAUGAUGCUACUGCCAGCUCACCGGGACCGACCCAGCAGUGCCCUGUAUCCUGCAGCUAUUAUGGAAAAUGGACAGCACCCAAAUUUCCAGCGAGCCUUGCUUCAGCAAGUGAUAGGACCAUGCAAACCCUGCAGUGAUCCCAAUCUGUCUGUUGCUGAAAAAGCUGUUCCAGCAGCACCAAGCAGCUGGAGUCUGGACAGCGGAACCAGAGAGACUUUGCCAUUCCUGUCUGCUCAUGUUGGGAGCAUCCUGGCUCCACCAGUGCCUCCCCGAAGCCUACCCCAUGGUCACUACUCCUUGCAUUUUGAUGCCUUUCAUCACCACCUUAAUGAUACUCCCCCAGCACUGCCUGCACGGACACUUCGCAAGUCACCUCUUCAUCCAAUCCCUGCAUCACCCACAAGUCCCCAGUCUGGCCUGGAUGGAAGCAACUCCACCCUUUCAGGCAGUGCCAGUAGUGGAGUGUCCUCAUUAAGUGAAAGUAACUUUGGGCACUCAUCUGAGCCCCCUCCUCGAACAGACACAAUGGAUUCUGUCCCUAGCCAGACCUGGAAUACUGAUGAAGACUUAGAGACACCCUAUCUCCCAGUCAGGUAUAGUCUCUCAGAACCUGAUGUCCUGGAAACUCUUAAAUCCCAGCCAUGCCGAAGUCACUCUGCUCCAUCUGGAGUCAUUCCUCAGGACACUAUGGAUCCUCCAGCUCUACCCCCUAAACCAUAUCACUCUCACCUUCCAAAUAUGGAGAAUGAGGAAGUAAUGAGAAUGGAAGAGGAUGAAAAACACCGGGCACUGCAUCGGAAAAUCUCCCAGCCAACUGGUGUUGCAAAAGAGGAACAGGCAAGAGUAGCAUGGGAACAUGGUAUCAGUGAGCAGUAGGCAAAAUUAUGUGAGGACAGUUUGCAUGAUCAUUCCAGCUCUAAGGAACCAGAAGAGAGAUUUAUAAGUCUUCAGAAAAGGAAAAAAGUGAACUCGUUUAUUCUCUGCUGCUGUGAGUUAAUGUCUGGAGCCAGAGAUUGGGCCAGCAUGUGCAGUUGCUGCUUCCUUUUUAUUUAAUUUUAUACUUUCCAAAUUUUUAGUGGUUUGGGGUUUUGUCUAUUUUUUGCAGUGGGUGCUUCGUUCCUUCUACAGGUGAUAAGAACACAGGAAGUAAUGUACAUAAUAUUAGGUGUAGACACUUUGGAGAAAUAAAGAAGGAUUAGAAUUUUGAGGGGGGGGAGGUGGCAUGGAAUUUUUAUAAGUUUUCCUUCUAGUUUUGAGAUGCGCACAAGUUGAAGCAGUUGCACUAGAAAUGUGUUUCUUUGCUCAUUUUGAAUUCAGGGAUGCCAUGUAAUGUCACUUGAUGGUGCAUAGUAAGGAGGCACUGAAAAAUUGCUGAAGAUGAAACUAGAUCUUCCAGGUUUGUGGGCCUAUAAACUUCUUUACAGUGAUUUCCCUGCAUUGACUCUGGUGUGCUCAAGCAAUCUAACCAGAGUUAAUUGACUUCUGUGUUGAUUUUAUAGCAAAUUUUCAAACUAACUGUACCUGACAGACUAUUUUAUUUCUUGUUUUUCCCACUGUCAUUUUUAUCUGCAUUCAUCACUACUGCAGUUUAAAAGGGAAAUACAGAAUCAAGGUUCCUGUAGCCCAGUGCUGGUCUUUCUGUGCUGAAGCCUAGAUAGGUUGCUAUACCCUGUUCAGGAAAGGGAAUGAUUUAUGCUGGAGCUGCUAAAUAGCAGAAUAAAAUGGAACGAUUUCAGCUGACAGCUUUCUGUUGGUUCAAGGCUGGGUAUCUGCAUGGUCAAAACCAUUAUUCAAGUAAUACUGUUUACUUUCUUUUCUACACAAAGCAUCUCACUAUUCCUGGACUACCGUGCUUCUAUCUGUUACAGUGCCAUAGAGACACCAUGAUCUUCAAGAAAUGUCCAUGAUGCUCCAGUGUGUCAAUAGAGUUUUUAAGCAUUUUCCAUUGAAAGAAAAAUAUUUUCUCUUUUGCUUCUUUUUUUUAAAGUCCUGAAAUGUUUACAAAGGAGGUUAAGGAUGGGAAAAGGUGCAGUACAGGUAUAUAAAAACAUGAAUGAAUGUGUGUAAGAAAAGAGCUAUUGUAUUUACAUACAGGAACUAGUUAGUAGCCAUAAUUGUACAAUUUUAAUCAAAAGAACUACUGAAAAAUUGAUCUAUUAAACAUACUGCCAUGGGCUAUGUGGAUUCUAGCUAUGUAAUCUUGAACCUAUGAAAAAAGAAAUGUUAAUAUGUAUUAUCAAGAUGAUAUGUGUUAGCAGAUUAAAGGUAAAUAAUGUAUGGUAAGAAAAAUAACAUUUCUUUAUGCCAGUUGAAGAACUUGAACUUGAAGGACUUUUAGGCAAUGUUUCCAUAUUCCUGUUUCAUUCCAACAGCGGCUUCAGACAUUUAAGAAAUAGUUGUACAAGAUGCAGUUUAUCUUUCCUCUGACUGCUUAAAUAAAAAUAGUAACAGACUCAAACUCCCAACAUUGUAACAGACUUGAAAGCGCAUUAUGAUUUUUUUUAUAUUGAAAGAGAAAUUGGAGCAUCUGGUAGGAAAAAGACUGACCUAAUUUUCAAAACAGCAAGUGACAGGAAUAAAAAUAGAACCUAGAAGUAUUAAUUUCCUUAGAUGGUCUUCACCAUAUAUUCCCUAAGUACAGCUAUUUGUCCUAAAUAAAUAAAUGUUGCACA